UAAACAAACGCGAACUGGAUUUACGGAGUUGCAGGAAAUAAAGGACAUUUCCCACUUUUUCAUGACAGAAACAUCUAUUUGGAAAUUGGAGCAGUUGAUAAAUUUAUCAGUGGGACACAAUGGGUCAAAAUUCCAUCAAGCCACACAUCGAAAGAGCGGAAAAAUCAGGCGUUUGCCAACUUGCAAACAUGAGCUUGUCUGAGUUCCCGCCAGAGCUACAGAGAUUGAUACGGAACUUACGCACCUUGGACCUAUCAGGAAACAAGAUCCCAUCCCUGCCUGCCCUGAUUGGUCAGUUUGAACUGCUCAAGAGUAUCAACUUGAACGCCAACAGACUCACAUCUCUCCCCGAGGACGUCGGCAAACUCAAGAAGCUAGAAACCCUCUCCUUAAGUCACAACAGGCUGCUCUCCCUCCCUGCUUCUCUCUCCAGGUUAUCUGCCUUAAAGACUCUCACCCUCUCCGGGAACAAGCUGCAGCGAUUCCCUCUGCAGGUCUGCGAGCUCCGGCACCUGGACCUCUUGGAUCUUUCCCGGAAUUCAAUCGACAACAUUCCAGACGGAGUUGGGAAGCUUCAAACGAUAGAGCUGAACAUGAAUCAGAAUCAGCUCUCCGCAAUUUCUGAGACUAUAUCAGAAUGUCCACGUCUUAAAGUCUUACGCUUGGAGGAAAACUGUCUUCAGAUAUCAGCUUUAACUCAGAGGGUCUUAGAAAACUCAACUAUAUCCCUGUUGGUCACAGAUGGGAAUCUUUUUGAUAUGAAACAACUUCAUGAUGCUCCCGGCUACGAAAAGUACAUGGAACGAUACACGGCCGCUAAGAAAAAGCUGUUUUGAUGAGAAAUAUACCGCAAUCUCGCCGAAUUUCUCACAGAGUUUCUCGCUGAUUACCUCGUCGAUUCCAAACUUCUAUGGACAAUUUGUCUGUUGGUGAUUGUAAAGGCCCAACAGUGCUGCAAUGAUAAAACCUGGUAAAUAAACGGACAAAAUGGACGCAGUUGCCGCGGACAGAUUUUAUGCCAAAGUACAUUGCUGUGCCAAAAGAUGAUUUUUUGCUGAGAUGAGUUUGUAGGAUUGCAACCCUGGAAUAUGCAACGUGUUUGAAGGAUUUUGCUCACUGACUGUGCACGCAUACAUAUGAGUGAAAACGAAAAUAUCCAUCCGAACUGGAUCUGAAAAACUUCAAGACUAUGAAUUUGAUAUUGCCUACCGCGUCAGGGAAUUAUGAAAAAAGUGACCUCAUUGACGAACUGAUGAAUGUGUGUGUGUAAUAUGCAUUUUUCUGUCCCGGGUAAACUGAGGUUAAUUUCCCAGGAGACUGUUAUGUGUUUUUUUUUGGGAUCGAGCAAACAAAUCUGCGUCACGGUUUUGGUUGCACUUUGUUGGAGCGUUGGACCUGUAAGGAUAGAAAAAAUUCACCAGGGCCCAAUUUCAUAAAGCUGUUAAGCUGAUAAUACUGCUCAUAUGACCGGGGUACCAGUAACAGCAAUGGUAACUGUACAGCAUUCUGGCUGGUAACCCUUUUUUGCUGAGCACAGGUUUUUUUGUGCUCAGCAAGUCGUUGUGCUUUAUGAAACUGGGCCCAGAUCUUGUGAUGUAAUCUGAUGUCUCAACAUAGUCUUAUCUGUAAUGCUUGUCUUUAUCUGAACUUCGUAUUCCUUGUUCUAAAGUAAUUUUAAUUAAUUAGGAAAUUAAAAUCUUUAAAAAAAAAGUUCAAGAAGUUUAUACGGCAGAGCAAUUUUCAUUACAAAAAGUCUUUCUUAGCUUAAAAAUUCAUCUUUUUAUAAUGACAUUAUCUUAUCUUGACAACUCCUUAUAUAGGUUAUUAUCUUCAAGUACACGCUAAUCCUCCAAUUUUGUUCUACUCGCGCUUGUGUGAUAACUUAUAAUAUUAUCAACAAAAAUUAAGAAAUAAUGUAAAAUAUAUUUCAGGGAACUCAAAUAAAAAAUCUGUAUUGAAAGAUAAGUCCACUGAAAAAAAAAAAAUGUUCAAUAACUCAAGUUGUUUUGCCAUGGAAUGGGAACAGUUUGGUCUUACAUGAUAUCAACUAGCUAGGUAGAAUUGUUUGUAUAGGAGCUUGUCCUGCUUAUCUUCUGCUUUUGAGUAGAGUUGGAAAAUCAUUGGACUGCCUUGAAAACUAGUUCAGAUGAGAACUUUCUAGUUUGCCGUUAUCUUCUUCGGAGGGGUAGAUUUGGAAAACUGGGAGACUACCUUUGUGUGAUAGGAACUUGUCCUUCUAUUUAUCUACUGAUUUUGAGUAGAGUGGGAAAACCAUUAGACUGUCUAAAACUGGUUCAGACAAGAACAUUCUGGUUUGCUGUUUAUCUUCGUCGGAGGAGUAGAUUUGGAAUGUCUCCAGACUACCUCGGUCUGAUAAGACAUUGUCCCUCCAUUUAUCUACUGCUGUGGAGUAGACUGGGAAAAUCAUCAGUCUGUCUAAAACUAGUUCAGACAAUAACUUUCUAAUUUGCUGUUUAUCUACUUCGGAGGCGUAGAUUUGAUAAAAACUCCAGACUACCUUGGUCUGCUGAUUAACUGUCUGAGACUGUCUAAUACUAGUUCAGAUUCAUCAACAAACUAUAUUGGGAAAGCCAUAGUUUGGAAAAACCAAGGAGGCUAAAGGAGUUCAGACAAGAACUUUCUAGUUUGCUGUGAAUUUUGGGAGGCUACCUUGGUCUGAUAAGAACUUGUCCUUCUAUUUAUCAACUGUCACAGUGCUGGAGCAACCGUAGAUUUGGAAAACCUGGAGGCUACAGCGUUCACAUAAGAACUUGUCUUUCUAUUUAUUUACCACCAAAUAUAAGGGAGAAGGGUGAGGUGGGGCAGGCUUCUACUUUCACUUAGUGAAUCGGGGGGGGGGGGACUUAAUUAUCUUCAUCACCACGGAGUGAGAUAUAUUUGAAUAUUGAUGACACCUCAACUUGGGAGUUCAACCUUUUUUCCAAAUUACGCUGAAAUUUACUGAAGGGAUAUGGUGCUCUUGUCCUGUGCUUCUAUGCUAUGCAUGUUUAUGCAUGUUUAUGCAUGAAGCUGGAAAAGGAUUUGUGCAUUUAUGUAAUGUAGAAAUAAAACAGAAAUUGUCUGCAUUGAGUACAAAGCAUCUUGAAAUUAGUCGACGCUAUAUUCAUGACUAAACUUAAUCGUGCUUUAAUUUACACACCACUUAGGCCAACUGUAAAAACAGUAGAAAUUAAAUGCAAAUUCCAGCCCUUGUUAUAGGGACCUCCAUUUGGUUAUUUUGAAGUAUUAUUAUGUUGUUACACGUUGUAAUGGAAGAUUCGGGGGUAAUUCAGGGGUAAUGGCACAAUGAGGAUGCCAAGAUUGUGACCUGGAAAGAUGGUGACGUCUUUGGCAAAGUGUGUAACUCUGAUCCUUAUGGAAGUGAAUGUAAUUUUACAGUAAAAUUGAAGGGAAUCAAGCACAUUUGUACUGAAAACAAAACAAACUGUAGGGCAUUUUCUAACUUCAAAGAUUGCAUUAUGUAUAAUGAAUGUUUAAAGUAAGCCAGAAGGCAUUUUGUUCCUGUUUUGUAUUUGUUGUCUUUUUAUUGUGCCUGCCUUUUUCACCCACCCUUAAAGGGUCUAUGUACUUCUUGUAGGACAACAAACACAAUGUCCAUAGACUCUCAUUAAACU